GCAUGUUUGCCUCUAUACAUGUGUGUGUGUGUGUAUGCGCCAUCAUGUGUCUUCAUGUGUGUAUGCAUGUGCACGUUUGUCGCUAGGGGCGAGAUGCUGAAAUUGUGCACCAGCGAAUGAGGGAAUAUUCCUGGCUGUCAUGUGACUGUGUGAUGUCAGAGAGAGAGAGAGAAAGAAAACAGAGAUACAGAGAGAGAGAGAGAGAGAGAGAGAGAGAGAGAGAGAGAGCAAGGUGCAAUUUAGCCCCACAGCUGAUCCGUGCAGUGUUCAGAGAGAAGCCGAGACGACCAGACGCACACACACACUCUCACUCUCACACGCACUCUCUUUUUGCCUUGCCUGUAAACACAGAUGCACUUCACACACAUCAGCACAGUUACACACAUAACUCCGAGGCAUCAGCCUUAAAAAAGAAAGGAUGCAUUGCUUCAUCUACUUUGCAAGCUCAUAACACUUUGGAUACUGAGGACAUUUCUGCCUCCUGGACAAGAGUAAAACGACACUUAACUGGGGACAGAAACGUGCAGGAGAACAGCGGGAAAAACUGAAGACGAAGAGAAAGAAGACAAAGAAGGAGUAAAUAAGAGAGAAAAGAAGAGACAAGACAACAAGACCGGGAGAAUGUCCUUCCUGUCUGGCUCGACCUGGCAGCAGCCUGGCAUUAUUAGUGGUAGCGGCGGGUACGGACAACCUUCCAGUGGGCAUCAACAACAGCAGCAGCAGCAGCAGCAGCAACAGCAACACAAACCUCCCGCUGCCCUCUCUGGUGCCAACAUCCCUGCGGUCCUGGCCUCCUCUCCGUUGUCGCCCUCCAGCCUGGCCUCAGAGCGGCGCAAUGACUGGCACUGCCAAGGCCAGAUGGCACCGGGAGGGCAGGUUGCCGCUGCAACGCAGGGGGGGUCCAAAAUAACUUUGACGGAAGACGAGGCAAAAUUAGGGCGAGGCAGGACCGAGGGGACGCUGUCUGGGAUGGCGGCCGAAGCGCCGGGAACGCAGAGCUUCCUGAUGCCGGCGCUGAAGAUAGAGGAUGAGGGGUCUGGAGGGGGGAGGCCGAGGGAGGACGGACAUUGGGUGGGAGGUGCAGGGGGGUCAUUAGGGAGUGCAGGACAAAGCCCUAGCAGCCCACUGUCUUCACGCUCUUCCCCUUCCUCUUCAAUACCUUCCCCUUCUAUCUCACCUGGGAGAUCCUUCCCGAAUUCUGCGCCAGACCAUAAACCCACAUCAAACUUUGGACACAAUAAUCUGCAACAAAACCGUACAGGUGGCAAAGAUGGCUUCGACAUCCAGGGAUCUCAAGCGUCUGCCCAGGGCCAGGGUUUGCUUCCUCCUCCGAAACAGGCUUCAGGGUCAGGGGAGAGAAACACAUUGAACCCUUGCUUCACUGGAAGUACCAGAUCAAGUCCUGGAAAUAAAGAGGAUGAGAAGGAAUCUGUUACGUCCUCCACAUCUGGAGGCCUACUCGGAAAUCUGAGAGAAGAUUCAGCUGCAGUUCCAACUAAUCAAACGCUCAAGCCAUCUUUAGGAAAGCAAAGUGUUGAUGUACAACCUACUGGUUCUGCUCCUUCUGCUGCCGACCUAACAGGAAGUAAAGAUGGUGCCACCGCAGGGCCUAGAACAGGCCUAUCUCCACCCUCAGCCAACUUAAGCCAUACUGAAAAAGGGAGGACGGGGUCAUGUACUCCACCUGGCGUAACAGGCCUGUUACGAGAUGUAAGUUGUGUUGAGGAUGGGAGAGCGGGAUCAUGUGGUACUUUGAGCAGAGAGACAAAAACCAGUAGUGAACUGCCACAGCGGACGGCAGUGAGACGGGCAAUGUCUGAUUGUUCGCACCUGUCCGUUCCCAUGGUAAUGGCUGGAACGUACCCCACCAGCAUGGGAGGCUCGCCAACGAUGAUACCCAACGUACCGAAUUUUGCCCUGAUGGGAUCAGCGUGCCCGCCCAGGGCGCCCUACCCACAUGUGGCUGUCCGACGCUCGCUCACGGUCACGGGCGGCACAGAAGCUGCAGCUGCAUUGGUGACGAUGAUGUCAUCCCCGUUAAUGACGUCCGCCGUAUUGCCAUCGUCCCCACCACCUAGGAGGCAUCAUGGGAGCUCUGAGACCAAUUUCUUACUUCCUGUUCCACUCCCUGCAGGAACGUCCGUUAACAGCACCCAAGAUAAUAAACCGAACAUAACGGUGAAAUCUGACAACAAGGACAAGCUGGAGAAGACGGACAUCAUGUCCGGCAAGACAGACAAGUUUGACGCCUUCGGCAAGAAAGAAGAGCAGCAGAAGAAGGACGCCGGCCCGGACCAGAACCAGAAGUCUGAGAAAAUCCUCAAAGACGAGGACAAGAUGGAGAAGAACAACAAGGCCAACGAGAAGGCGGAGAAGGUGGACAAGCCGGAGAAGACCGACAAAGACGAGAAGAAGCCGGCCGAGAAGAAGGAGGAGAAGGGAGGGAAAGGGACGGCCAAGUCUCCAACGGGCAACGGCGGCAAGUCCCUGCCGAGCCCCGACGGCAAGACCAAGCCUGACGCCAAAUCCCGCCCAUCCACCCUCUCCACCAAUGGCGAGGCCACCUCGGCCAAACGCCCCUCCCCCACCACAGCCAAUAAAAAAAGCCCCGUACCCAAGGCGACCACGCCCACCGCCGCCAAGCGGCCGUCAACAGCAGCUGGCUCCGCCAAGGCCGCCAAGACUCCAGAAAAUGAGAAACGCCCACCAAUGCCAAAGGCCACGCCCACACCCCGUGCGACAGCCAGUAAGAACGGCUCCUCUGCGACCCCUGCAAGUAAACCUGCUGCGAACAAGAAUGACAAGACUGAGAACAAGACGGGAGAGGCCAAGAAACCCAAGACUACAGCCCGUCCUCGCCCGGUCUCCACCACUACUCCUGCCGCCUCCACUAACGGCGAAGCCGCUCACCGCCGCCGCGUCCUCACUAAACCCCCCGUGCCCAAGCAGACCCCGAUGGAGAAGAAGCCGCCGGUGCCCCGUGCUCCUCGAACCCCCCGGCCCAUCAACGCUCCGACACCUGACCUGAAGAACGUCCGCUCCAAGAUCGGAUCCAUUGACAACAUCAAGUACCAGCCCGGCGGAGGAAAGGUCUCCACCCCGAACAACAAGGCAUCCGACCCCUCCACCCCCGCCGCCAAGGCCAAAGUUCAGAUAGUGCACAAAAAGCUGGACUUCAGCCAUAUCACGUCUCGCUGUGGCUCCAAGGACAAUAUCAAACAUGUCCCUGGAGGUGGCAAAGUGCAGAUCCUGAAUAAGAAGGUUGAUCUGAGCAAGGUGACGUCCAAAUGUGGCUCAAAGGACAACAUGAAAUAUAAGCCAGGUGGAGGUGACGUGAAGAUUGAGGCCAAUAAGCAAAACUUAAAAACUAAGUCUAAGAUUGGAUCCAUGGACAACGUGGGGCCGGACAACGGACAUACCAACGGACACAAGGAGGAGAAGACACCUUCACCCCCAAGUGGCGCUCCGACAACAGGACCAGCAGGCGUUGCUAAGGCAACAGCACCAGCAGGUGUUGCUAAGGAGAACGGGGUGAAGGAGCCCACACCUACUCCUUUUGGGGGAGACGGACUGAGGGAGCAUAGCAUAGACAAACGCAUCACUGAGACAAAUUGAGUCCCAGUGACCUGUAGAUUUUGGCGGGACACGCAUGGCGCUCGCCAACCUGCCAAUCAACUGACCAACCAACCUACCACGGCGCAGUCACUUCCCUUUGGCCCACGCCCUUCAUCUCGCUCCCACCGCAGCACCGAACCGACCGAUCGCCUCUCAGUGUUUCUCUGGGGUCCGCCUGCCGGCUUCCUGCUAUACCAACCCUGACCUUUGACCUCUCGACGGUUGACCUUUGGCCCUGCCUACCACAGAGAAGAGCACUUGCUGUUUGUCUGUGUUUCUGUGUGCGGGGUUCCACCAGCUUCUCGACUGACGAGCACUGAUUUAGAGGACUUCCAACCUCAAAACCCCAAAUUUAACAUCACCACCCUACGCAAUAAACCCACUAUUGUAGUCGUUGAUGUAUGGAAGUAUACCGAGCAUAGCCAGGUUUAGAAUAUCCCCACCUAUCAGUCUAAUACUGUUUAAACACCCUGCCUCAGAACUUCUUUAAAUCUAUUCUAUGGUGCCUUCUACAGGCCUUCACAAUUCAAAACCACUUUCGUUAGCAGACCUAUGCUAACGCUACUACUUGCCCCACCUCCAUUCCCACAUCCCAGCCCCCUUGCCAGUGAUUAUUUCCACAUCUACAGUAUCUACGGCGCUGCAUGUUGUUACAUGAUAGUUAACAUUUAUCUCCCAUUACAUCUCUUGGUAUCAUUGCACCAGUUUGUCUCACCUCACAUUUAUUACAAUAAUGCUUCUUUAUCUCUGGACUGUUGAUUAAUAUCAUGAUGCUUACUGUAAGCAGUGAUCGGUGCAGAAGACGGGGGCUUAUGUGGAGUAGAGAAGAUGCAAUUGACCCCUUCGCUAAGCCCCGCUCCGCCACGCCCCGCCGCUGCUACUCCGUCAAGCCGUCAGAGCUACCAUAGAGCCCACACUGUCACUCCCUGCAUAAAUAUCAAUCAUUUUUGGAAAAGGCGAUUUCAGAGAGAAGCAGACAGAAGGGUCUACAAUAUACGUUUGGAGGAUACAUCAGGAUGUCAAACUGAUUCAGCAGCGAAAACGGGUUAUGAAAGAUAAAGAUAGAAGCUAAAGCCUACAAAUAAAAGUGAACCACCGUCACCUGGUGGUCGAGACAGAAGACGAUGAAAUUAAGAAAAACACCCGGGUAUGUUUGUAUUCACUGUUAAAAUCACAAAUUACAAAGCAAAAGCAGCAUGUGUAUACAUUCAGUAUACCUUCAGUAGCUAGCGUAGCAUAGUGCUAAACGAGUAUCACUAUCACACAACGUUUAACCACGACGGGUAACGAGUAUCACUAUUACACCACGUGUUAACCACGACUAGCUCUAAAUCCACAAAACCAGCCUGAAGAUGAAGAAAGUCGAUUGCAUGUGAGUUUAUGGAGCAGAGGCGGAUAGUUGUCGGAAACCUGGUUGACGCUGGCCGAUGCUACGCUGUGAUUGGCCAGUCUGCGUUCAAGGGGCGGGACUUAGCGAAGGGGUCAAUUGAAGACGUUUGGAAAUAGGUCCAAAGAAUGGAAAUAGGUCUAAAGAUAGAGUUUGAAAAUCAGUGUGGAAAGAAGCGUUCAGGAUGUCAGAGAAUUCCUGUGUUAUACUUCAAGAAAAGAUGCAUUCACUGACAGUCCAUUCACAGAAAUUUAUAACAAAGCGGACGACUUUUACUGCAAUUAGAAAACAUAAUUUAACGAUGUGGUUAGUGCAUGAUAAUCAGAAGAAGAAGGGUAGAAAUAAAAGGGAUGCGGGAGCUCUGUGGCUUCUCUGGGUAGCCUCGGCUCAAAAAAAGGAUUUGGCACUGCAGUUAAGAUCACAGUAUUUAACCUUGAAGGAUUCAAACUGAAGGAGCGUAUUUAACCGUUUAGGAUAAGUGUUUAACCUUGGAGUUGAACUGCUAGCUGCUAGCACCUUUUAGGCAAGCAACAUGAUUAAUGCACAGUAUACUGUAUGUAGCACUUCUCUUAUUAUCUGGGUGAAGACCCGGUCGCGCCAGCACUUUGAAAGGCGAGAUUUUAUGGCAAAAUCCAUUCAUUACAAUGCAAUCGGUAUUGUGACUGACUAGGCUAGCAUGUUCUCUUCUUGCUAGUCUUAGCGGUUUGCAUUUUUUCCAACGUGCCCUGCGAUUAGCCCCUUACGUCACCAAGCUGCUAAAACCACAUAAUUCGAGUAAACGUGCGGAUGAAUUUCACCAUUCCACUUCCUGGUGUGCCCGGACCUUAAUUCACUACGACACAAUGUUCUUUAUUCUUUAUUUGUUUGUGUUCCCCAUUAGCUUCCACAAAUUGGUCGCUAGUCUUCCUGUGAUAGCACACUACUUAAAGGGGACGUAUCAUGAAAAGAUCACUUUUUCAAGUGCUUGUGCUCAUACAUUUGGGUAUCUGGAGUGCCUACCAACCCACAAACUGUGAAAUAA